CCCAGUCGUGGGCGUCCCGAGCCCAGUGCCGCAGCCAGGACCCGCCCGGCGCGCAGCAGAAGCACGGCGCCCAGGCGCCUGGGCGCCUCUUGGAGAGCAAAGGCUGCGCCAAGACGCUGAACCGAGAACCAGCCAAGAAGCCCGAGCCUGGGAAGGGGGCUGCGUGGCUCGGAGCGCCGCGGCUUCUGCGGACAAAUAGCCUCCGCUGCCUGGCACCCAAGCUACGCUGGUUGGCGGGAGAGAGGCGCGCAAGGACGCAGGGGUCUGCGGCGAUCUUCCAGUCGCCCUUUGCCCCGGGGAGCACUAUGACCUGACGUGAGGGGGCCUCCUGCCAAGGGCUCCUGCACCCCCGCGGCCGGAGAUAGAAGGGCUCGCCGCCAAGCUCCUACCGGGCCGCCUUUGGGUCUUUUGGAACCUCCUGCCCAGCUGCCUCGCUGCCUCCCUGCGGUUCUGCGCCUCCCUCCCUGCGGCCCGGCGCCAUGGAGCUCUCCGAUGUGCGCUGCCUUAGCGGCAGCGAGGAACUCUACACCAUCCACCCGACGCCCCCGGCCGGCGACGGCGGGAGCGGCUCUCGGCCGCAGCGGCUGCUGUGGCAGACGGCGGUGAGGCACAUCACCGAGCAGCGCUUCAUUCACGGGCACCGGGGCAGCGGCGGCGGCGGCGGAAGCGGAGGCUCCGGCAAAGCCUCGGACCCUACAGGCGGCGGCCCCAAUCACCAUGCGUCGCAGCUGUCCAGCGACUCCGCGCUGCCCCUCUACUCGCUGGGCCCCGGGGAGAGAGCGCACAGCAGCGGCGGCACCAAAGUCUUCCCGGAACGCAGCGGGAGCGGCAGCGGCAGCGGCAGCGGGGGCGGGGGCGACCUGGGCUUCCUGCACCUCGACUGCGCCCCGAGCAACUCGGAUUUCUUCCUCAGUGGGGGCUAUAGCUACCGAGGGGUCAUUUUUCCUACCCUGCGCAACUCCUUCAAGUCCCGGGAUCUGGAGCGCCUCUACCAGCGCUAUUUCCUGGGCCAGAGACGCAAAUCUGAGGUGGUGAUGAACGUGCUGGACGUGCUCACCAAACUCACCCUCUUGGUUCUCCACUUGAGCCUGGCCUCAGCCCCCAUGGACCCGCUCAAGGGUAUCCUGCUGGGUUUCUUCACUGGCAUCGAGGUAGUGAUUUGCGCCCUGGUGGUGGUCAGGAAGGACACCACCUCGCACACGUACCUGCAAUACAGCGGCGUGGUCACCUGGGUGGCCAUGACCACCCAGAUCCUGGCAGCAGGCCUGGGCUACGGGCUCCUGGGUGAUGGCAUCGGCUACGUGCUCUUUACACUCUUCGCCACCUACAGCAUGCUGCCACUGCCCCUGACCUGGGCCAUCCUGGCCGGCCUGGGCACCUCGCUGCUGCAGGUGAUCCUCCAAGUGGUCAUCCCCCGGCUGGCGGUCAUUUCCAUCAACCAGGUUGUGGCCCAGGCAGUGUUAUUCAUGUGUAUGAACACCGCUGGAAUCUUUAUCAGUUACCUGUCAGACCGGGCCCAGCGCCAAGCCUUCCUGGAGACACGGAGGUGUGUGGAGGCCAGGCUGCGCCUGGAAACGGAAAACCAAAGACAGGAGCGGCUGGUGCUAUCUGUGCUCCCCCGGUUUGUCGUCCUGGAAAUGAUCAACGACAUGACCAAUGUGGAAGACGAGCACCUGCAGCACCAGUUCCAUCGGAUCUACAUCCAUCGCUACGAGAACGUCAGUAUUCUUUUUGCAGAUGUUAAAGGAUUUACCAACCUCUCCACGACCUUGUCUGCUCAGGAGCUGGUCAGGAUGCUCAACGAGCUCUUUGCCAGAUUUGAUCGACUAGCCCAUGAGCAUCACUGCCUUCGCAUCAAAAUCCUGGGAGACUGCUACUACUGUGUUUCCGGACUUCCUGAGCCCCGCCAGGACCACGCCCACUGCUGCGUGGAAAUGGGCCUCAGCAUGAUCAAAACCAUCAGGUAUGUACGGUCAAGGACAAAGCAUGAUGUUGACAUGAGGAUCGGAAUUCACUCAGGCUCAGUGCUAUGUGGCGUUUUGGGACUACGGAAGUGGCAGUUUGAUGUCUGGUCUUGGGAUGUGGACAUUGCAAACAAACUUGAAUCUGGAGGAAUCCCGGGGAGGAUUCACAUUUCCAAAGCCACGCUGGACUGUCUCAACGGUGACUAUAACGUGGAAGAGGGUCACGGGAAAGAGAGGAACGAAUUCUUGAGGAAGCAUAAUAUAGAGACCUAUUUAAUUAAGCAGCCUGAAGAGAGUCUGCUGUCAUUGCCCGAAGACAUUGUCAAGGAGUCCGUGAGCUCCUCAGACAGGAGAAACAGUGGGGCGACGUUCACGGAAGGAUCUUGGAGCCCCGAACUGCCCUUCGAUAACAUAGUGGGGAAACAGAACACUCUGGCUGCCCUAACAAGAAAUUCAAUAAAUCUACUUCCAAACCAUCUUGCACAAGCUUUGCAUGUCCAGUCUGGGCCUGAGGAAAUUAACAAGAGAAUAGAACAUACCAUCGACUUGCGGAGUGGCGAUAAAUUGAGAAGAGAGCAUAUCAAGCCAUUCUCACUGAUGUUUAAAGACUCCAGCCUGGAGCACAAGUAUUCUCAAAUGAGAGAUGAAGUAUUCAAGUCAAACUUGGUCUGUGCGUUCAUCGUUCUUCUAUUUAUCACGGCAAUACAAAGUUUGCUUCCUUCUUCAAGGGUGAUGCCAAUGACCAUCCAGUUUUCCAUCCUGAUUAUGCUGCACUCAGCUCUGGUCCUCAUCACCACAGCAGAGGACUAUAAGUGUUUGCCCCUCGUCCUGCGGAAAACUUGCUGUUGGAUUAACGAGACUUAUUUGGCCCGGAAUGUCAUCAUCUUUGCAUCCAUCUUGAUUAAUUUCCUGGGAGCCAUCCUAAAUAUUUACUUUGUCUUCACUGGGGUGCUGGCCAUGGUGACCUGUGCGGUUUUCCUCCGACUGAACUCUGUCCUGAAGCUGGCCGUGCUGCUGAUCAUGAUCGCCAUCUACGCCCUGCUGACCGAGACCAUCUAUGCAGGUCUCUUUCUGCGCUACGACAACCUGAACCACAGUGGAGAAGAUUUCCUGGGGACCAAGGAGGCGUCGCUGCUGCUGAUGGCCAUGUUCCUCCUUGCUGUGUUCUACCACGGACAGCGGCUGGAGUACACAGCCCGCCUGGACUUCCUUUGGCGAGUACAGGCCAAAGAGGAGAUCAAUGAGAUGAAGGAGCUGAGGGAACACAAUGAGAACAUGCUCCGGAACAUCUUACCCAGUCACGUGGCCCGCCAUUUCCUGGAGAAAGACCGAGACAAUGAGGAGCUGUAUUCUCAAUCCUAUGAUGCCGUUGGGGUGAUGUUCGCCUCCAUCCCAGGGUUUGCGGACUUUUACUCUCAGACUGAAAUGAAUAACCAAGGAGUGGAAUGCCUGCGCCUCCUGAAUGAGAUCAUUGCUGACUUUGAUGAGCUGCUUGGCGAAGACCGGUUUCAAGACAUUGAAAAAAUUAAGACCAUUGGCAGCACCUACAUGGCUGUGUCAGGCCUGUCACCUGAAAAACAGCGCUGUGAAGACAAGUGGGGCCAUCUGUGUGCUCUGGCUGACUUCUCCCUCGCCCUGACCGAAAGCAUACAGGAGAUCAACAAGCAUUCCUUUAACAACUUUGAACUCCGGAUUGGCAUCAGCCACGGCUCAGUGGUAGCUGGUGUAAUUGGCGCUAAGAAACCUCAGUAUGACAUUUGGGGCAAAACCGUGAACCUGGCAAGUCGAAUGGACAGCACGGGGGUCAGCGGCAGGAUCCAAGUCCCAGAGGAGACCUAUCUCAUCCUGAAGGACCAGGGCUUUGCCUUUGACUACCGAGGGGAGAUCUACGUGAAAGGUAUCAGCGAACAGGAGGGAAAGAUCAAAACGUACUUUCUCCUGGGAAGAGUCCAGCCCAACCCGUUCAUCUUGCCCCCGAGAAGAAUGCCCGGGCAGUACUCCUUGGCCGCGGUCGUCCUGGGCCUCGUCCAGUCCCUCAACAGGCAAAGGCAGAAGCAGCUACUCAACGAGAACAACAACACGGGCAUCAUCAAGGGCCAUUACAACCGGCGGACUUUGUUGACACCCAGUGGGCCAGAGCCUGGAACCCAAGCCGAAGGCACCGACAAGUCCGAUUUGCCAUAA